GGGCGGCAACCGCGGUGGAGGAGGGGCGGGGUGGGGCGGGGCCGCCCGUUCUCCCCGCCUCCCGGGCCUAGCGCGGGAGGCCGGCCUAACUCCUCUGAGCCCCAGCGCUCUGGCGGGCGGGGGAAGUGGUUAAGGCUGGCUGCCCCCGUAGGGGCGCAGAGUCUAACGAGAUCAAAGGCCGCUGCCCAGCCCGCCUCAUGGCGCGCGCCGGGGUCACGUGCCCGUUCGGUGAAUGGGGAGGAGCUGGCGUGCAGGGGGCCCAGCACUAAUCCGGACCCGAGCCUUGGUCGCUGUCGGAGCCAUGCUGCGGAGCUGCGUCUCACGACUGCGCACGCUUGCGGUUCUGCGCGGCCCGCCCGGAGGCGCGCCUCUGCCGGCGAAGGACCCGUGGUCGCCGCGGGUGAAUCCCGGAGCCGGGCGGCGGGAGCGGGCGGCCAAGCCAGGCUGCGUCAGGGGUGACCUGAGGUCAUUUUCUUCUGAGGUCAUUCAUAUGGACCUUUCUCUCCCCAACCCCAGUUGGAAUGAGGACAUGAGACUUCUCUUUGACCAGUUCAUGAAAAAAAGUGAAGACGGCUCUUGGAAACAUUUGCCUUCAUAUAAAAGUAAAUUUACUCAAAGCACUGAAGACAUCAAAAUCUAUUUUCCUGACGCAAAGCUAAUGGAAGAAAAACUGUCACAGGCCCAGCUCUUUCCCAGAAGCCUUGAGGAAGGCCUGGGCUUUGAAUAUGCAAUGUUCCAUAAUUGUGUUGAAGACAGGACAGUUUGCAUAUUUCAAGGAGGUCCCUACCUGCAAGGAGCACCUGGAUUCCUUCACGGAGGUGCCAUUGCAACCAUGAUUGAUGCUACUCUUGGUAUGUGUGCUAUAGUAGCCAUAGGAGUUGCCAUGACUGCCAGCCUCAACAUCAGUUUUAAAAGGCCUAUCCCCCUUGGUUCUGUUGUUGUGAUAAAUAGUCAAGUUGAUAAAGUUGAAGGAAGGAAAUUGUUUCUUUCUUGUAAUAUCCGAAGUGUGGAUGAGAAGACCGUGUACUCAGAGGCAACAAGUUUAUUUGUAAAGCUGGAUCCUAAAACAAGGUUGACAUAAACGAGCUUCUGGUACAUUCUACACCAGUCUGCGUUAGGGUCUCCUUCCCCCAGAAGAAGCUGUUGUGCCACUCCUGCUCUACUUACCUGCCAUUGAGUCCCCCAGAGGGUGAAGCCUGCUAACACACCUUCCUGAACAGAUCUUCAGAAUACAAUUCCAGGGACUCUGGUCCCAUCUUCUAAACUCUUCAACACAGAAGUACUCCUUGUGA